AUGGCGGAAAUGGCCGUGUCUUUUGCUCUUGAUCAACUGCUUCCGCUGUUGAGGGAAGAAACCAAGUUGUUGAGAAGCAUUCACAAGGGAUUUGCUGACCUUAAAGAUGAACUUGAAAGCAUUCAAGCAUUCCUUAAAGAUGCUGAUAAGAGAGCUGCAGUUGCAGAAGGAGACAGUGCUAAUGAAGGAGUCAAAACAUCGGCGAAGCAAGUUAGGGAAGCAGCUUUUCGCAUUGAAGAUACCAUUGAUGAUUAUUUGAUCCAAGUGGGACAACAGCAUGAUCGUGGAUGUGUACAUAUACUCCAUAAGAUUGCUCACUUACUCAAAACCAUGGUCCCUCGCCAUCGAUGUUAUGUCAUAUGUGCGAGGGAUCAAGGAAAGAAGUGA